ACAGAAAAAUCACGCCCAGCUCUCUUUCCUUUUUAAAAGUUUACUUUUAUGUGUAUGUGUGCUUUGGCUGUGUAUGUGCCAUGUCCUUGCCUGGUACCCACAGAGGUCAGGAGAGAGCAUCGGAAUGCCCUGGAACUGAAGUUACAGGUGAUUGUAAACUGCCAUGUGGGUGCUGGGAACCAAACUCUAGUUCUCUGCAAGAGCAACAAUAACAUUUACCUACAAUUAUAAAACUACAUGAAGAUGGUAUGUAGCUCCAUAGUGGGGUGCUUGCCUAGCAUGGCAUGUACAUAUGGAACAUGGAGUUCCAUUCACACACUUGCAAAAAAAAAAAUGUAUUAGGUGUGGUAGUGCAUGCCUAUAAUCCCAGCACUCUGAGGCAGGAGGAUUAUGAGUUUUAGACCAGCUUGGUCUACAUAGUGGAUUUCAGCCUGGCUGUACAGUGAGACCUUGUCUCAGAAAACAAAAAGUGCAUGUGACCAAGAAGCAUACUCGAGUGAUCACAGCACACCCGAGAUGACACGUACCCCCGUCUUGGACUGACAUCCCCUCUUGCAGAUGCUGCUGUAGUUCAGGUCGGCAGCCAUGCUCAUCUGGCCAGAGCACUGCCUUAGAUUCCAUGCUGACCCCUCCUCACACUUGCCAUCAGGCCCAGUGUGUUCGGCUAGUGACAAGGAGUUGUCUUCACAGAAACCUUCAGGCCAUACAGAAGUGCUGCGUGCACUGUAGUCUCUGAAUGUUGGGGAGUCCCCACCCACCCCCACCCCCGAUCACCCUGCUCCUGAAGCUGCCUUAGUCAAGUUGUUUCUCAGCUGUGUUUCAAGCACCCUACUAGCAACCAGGUGCGGGGAGCUCUGUCUUCGUGUGGCUGCUGUGAGGUUGGAUCCAAACCCCGACUGUGUGAUAAGGCUAAGACUGCAGUGUAGGACUUAGCAACUGCCCGCUUGCUACCUCUGCCCAUGUGAGAGCUGAGGGAGGGACUGCGGGCUGAUAACACCCCAAGGACAAAGCAGCUCCUGUUCACGGCAAACCCAGCCCCUGUCCUUUACUCCAGAGAAAGCAGAAAGAAGGUCCUUCCUGCAAGCUGCAGCUGCCUGUGAGGACGCCACAGCCUGAGUCUUGGGAGCUGCCAGUGGUUGAUCGCCAGCAGGAUGUCCAGCCAGGACCUGAGCAUCGCCGCAAAACUCAUCAACGGAGGUGUGGCAGGACUCGUGGGGGUGACCUGUGUGUUUCCCAUUGACCUUGCCAAGACCCGACUGCAGAACCAGCAGGGGAAAGCUGUGUAUAAAGGAAUGACAGAUUGCCUGGUGAAGACCGCGCGUGCCGAGGGCUUCUUGGGCAUGUACCGAGGGGCUGCGGUCAACCUCACCCUGGUCACUCCGGAGAAGGCAAUCAAGCUGGCAGCCAAUGACUUCUUACGGCAGCUGCUCAUGCAAGACGGGGUGCAGCGGAACCUGAAGAUGGAGAUGCUGGCCGGGUGUGGGGCUGGAAUAUGCCAGGUGGUGGUUACCUGUCCCAUGGAAAUGCUCAAGAUUCAGCUGCAGGAUGCUGGCCGCUUAGGUGAGGCACAUCCCAACUCAUGGCACCAGCAAGGCUGGGAUCAGCACGGGGCACAGUGCACCGCACACUCCCACCACCAGCCUCACGCACGCUGGGCUUCUAGGUCAACAGACAUGUUUUUAACCCACUCAGCUCCAGACCAAGGAGCAGCAAAAAGAGCCUGGGUUCUAGAAGGCAUAAGCUUAUCUCACACCGCCACGCUGAUGUCUUGAUUGACGUUCAGGCUGGAUUCC